CUCCGCUCAUUCAAAUUUUCUACUUACAUACAUACAUCUACAAGAUGCCCAAGACCCGCAACGAAAGCUCCGGUCCACGAGGACCCUCGAAGAAACGCAAGGUUGACUCUGAAAUCGAUAAGCCCAAGAAGGCGAGCUCGCGUUUGAAGCAAACCGAAAGUUUUGUAGCGAGGACGACUCAGUCAAAGGCCAAACUAUCGAUGCUACCAACCCUGAACUUGGAUAUUCUUUUUGAAAUUUUCAGCCACCUUUUACCGAUCGACCUCAUCCAUCUGGCACGAACGACCAAGGACUUUCGGCGUCUUUUGAUGCAGAGAAACACUACCACAAUCUGGAAGUCGGCGUUCGCUCAAAUUCAAGAACUGCCCCAAUGUCCUUCAGAUAUGUCCUACCCGGCAUGGGCUCACUUGGCAUUCGAACAAGUUUGCCAUAACUGCUUCACAACAAAUAUUCGCAAUAUCAGCUGGAUUCUACGAACGCGUCUUUGUAACCGGUGUGCUAAGUCCUGCCUUGAGAACGUCGACAAGUUUGAUGCUGAGAAAAACGAAGUUGAUAAGGACAUUUUGGAAUGUGUACCGUUCGACGAUGAUUACUGUGGAAUGGAAUGUUGUCUUAAAUCCGAUCGAAAGCGGUUUGUUGAGGAACUCGAAGCGCACAAACACGAUCGAAAGGAUUUCGUUGAGCAGAAGAUGACAGAAAUUCCAGUGAGGAUUGACCACGCUAUUGAUUGCGAAGACUGGUCGGAAUCCUUGGCUAACGGCAGAGCGAACGAGUUGCAGCAAAUAAGAACAGAUAGGCGCAACGCAAUCUCAGCAAAACUCUUCGAGAUGGGGUACGAUAAAGAGCUUGAUUUCUUGACAGCUGAAAGACUGGAGGAUGUAGAACACUCGGACUACAUCCCUUUCCACAAGCAUCCCCUUGUUAAACAGCCAAAACCAUUCAAAGAUAAAAAUUGGGACUCUAUGAAGGAUACUCUUAAGGACUACAUGGAGAUUGUCAGGGCUUACAUCAAAAAGAAGGAACGCAAAGAUUUGAUUUGGAAGCGGAGAGAAUACGCAGCCCUUGCGUGGUUCGACUACCGCAUAGUUGAAUGUGACCCAGGAACCUUCCUCCCAAACCAGAUCGAUAUUUGGCUUUGGUCCCCGGUCAAGGAUAUUAUCGAACAACCGUCCGAGAUCGAGGUCACCAAAGACUCCUUCGAAUAUGCAUUCAGGGGCCUACCUGCAUUCACCAACGCCUGGCAAACAGACAAACUGGAACAACUUAUUCGUGUUGCUAACAACAAUCUCAAAUGGCUGUCGUUUCCCGAAGCUAACGACCUAGAGCGCGCUACCUGCGUUUUUUCAUGUUCGAAUGACUUUCAGCAUAACUUAAUGGGAUGCUACCAGGAAGACGAGUCAUGCAUUAUGUGGUUUCCUGAAUUUAUUUAUCAUCGGUGUAACUCUUUGUCGCGCAGGCGUUGGGGGGAUAAGGACGAGACGAUAACAGAUUUAGAUUCGUGCCAAUCGCUAUCGGCCGAAUCGGAAGCACCAGGGUUCCGACGUAGGCAAUGGUCCACCCGAUGGCUGUUUUUUGACGACAAGGCUUCCCGGACUGUUAAAAACAUCCUGACCGCCUGCAGGAUGCCCCUGUCGACAAAGGUUCAGCACCUCGAUAGAGAGGACCCCAGACUGGUUUGCUUGAAGUGUAGCUUUGGAGCGAAGUGCGACGGGGAACGGUUGUUUUCUGUCAUGACAUGGCGAACUGCGGUUCAGCACAAUCUGAAGAAACACUUCGGGGAUGGCCAGACGACCUUCCAGCGCAUAUCAAGUCUUGAUGUUCUUGAGGUGAAGCGGCUAGAAGCUGCAGAACCAGCUAGGCGAAUCUCAGCGCUCCCCAAUCACCCGCAACAACCAAUUGACAGGCCGUGGAGGUGUACUUUGUGCAGAGAUCGAUCAGUAGAGAAAGGGGCGCUCACCCUCGUUGAGAUGAAAAAGCAUUAUACCAGAUGUCACGGUGGAAUGAAGGUCACGAUAGAGGAGGGUGCAGAUUAUUAUCGGUCCUACGACCGUGCACCUUCUCAGCCUUAUCAAGUGCGAAUGAAGCCGAGGGAUCCAGACGUCGAUCCUCAACCUGGUCCAAUGUACAUAGCUGCAAUCUAGUAACCUACUUCUUGAAAUAUUAAGCGCCAGAGGUUAGGCGCUGUAGUAAAUACUCGUAC